UGUUUUUUUUUUUCUUCUUUCGCUGGGGUGGUGUAGGAGGGAGGAAAGACGAGAGACUCACUUAAAAUAAUAAUCAGACGAGCAUGGUGGAAGAAGCCGAUUCAAAGCUUUCUUUGGAUUAAAAAAAGAUACAUAUACACAUAUGUGUAUAUCUUUGGCAGAAGAAAAGAAGAGGAAGACGAACGGAGGUCCUAGAAGAAAAAAAAAGGAUGUUAACUUGUGGAUACAUUUUUUUUCACCAAAUUUUUUUGUGUGAUACUUUGUAAACGUUUUUUUCGCCCUUCCUAAUUUUUUUUAGACUCCAAUACAACCGGACGUCCCCAGGGCUGCGCCUUGCAGUGGUGAUUGUUUUAAAUUUUUAUUUAGAAUAUUUGGGCUCCCCCACUUUUAAUUGAAAAAUAAUUCUUUAGCCCGGCACCUCAUGCGGGGUGAAAUUCACUUUCUUCCCCUCCCCCGAACCUUCGUGUGGAUGGAAUUCGUGGAGAUCCGGUUACUAAGGAUAUAGUGCAAAAAAAAAAAAAUUAAAUCGCGUGCCUGCCUUUUUUUCUAAUUGCCAGCUUCUAACCCCCAAAUUAAGUUGCUUAGAGAAGGAGAAAAGAACAUUUUCUCCUGAUUCAAUCAACGAAACAAAACCUUAAAUUUUCUUUUUCCUGAGGUUCUUAGCCUCAGUAAGGGGCUGAGGCUGGAGGUGUUGACAUUCAAAAGCUACUCCUUUUCGUUCUGCGUUUGGGGGGCAGUGAGGAGAGAAGGGAGCACUACCCCUCCUGAAUCCCCGUUUUUUCUCCCUUUUUCUUUGUAUCUUCCCUUGGUCAGCCCGGUCUGUUUCCUCUGCGAGGCUAGGCGAGACGACCUGAAUCGGGUGCCAGUGGAGCGGGGUGGGGAAGCCGGAGAGGAGCCGUCCCUCCCCUGCCAGGCCCCCCCAAACCCCCCCACACCCUCCGGGCUCCGAGAGACUGGCGCAUGUUACGGAGCGUCCCUCCUGCCGCUGCCGCUCCUGCCCGGGCUCCUGCUGCUGCUGCUGCUGUUGCUGCUGCCGCCUGCGACUGCUGCCCCAACUCGGUGCCCAAAUUCUUCAUGGUGUGCGGAGGUCAUGUUCGCUCCUUAGCCGGGAAACGACUUUUCUCCUCGCCUCCUCGUCCCGCAUGUUCAGGACCAAACGAUCGGUGCUCGUCCGGCGUCUCUGGAGGAGCCGUGCGCCCGGCGGGGAGGACGAGGAGGAGGGCGCAGGAGGAGGCGGAGGCGGAGGAGGAGGAGGGGAGCCGAGGGGGGAAGGGGCGACGGACAGCCGGGCGCAUGGGGCUGGAGGCGGAGGCGCUGGUAGGGGUGGCUGUUGCCUGGGCAAGUCGGUCAAAGGUGCCAAAGGUCACCACCACCACCAUCACCACCACCCCUCCUUGGGCACCGGCGCUGCCGGGGGCUCGGAGGCGGAAUUGAAGGCGCUAACACACUCGGUGUUGAAGAAACUGAAGGAGCGGCAGCUGGAGUUGUUGCUGCAGGCGGUGGAGUCCCGCGGGGGAACCCGCACCGCCUGCCUCCUCCUGCCUGGCAGAGUGGACUCCAGGCUGGCGCUGGGGCAGGGGCCGCCCGCGUCCCCUCUCCAGACUCAGCCUACCCAGCCUCAGCCUCCGCCGUCGUCUUACUCGCUCCCCUUAUUGUUGUGCAAAGUGUUCAGGUGGCCAGAUCUCAGGCAUUCCUCGGAAGUCAAGAGGUUGUGUUGCUGUGAAUCUUACGGGAAGAACAACCCGGAGCUGGUCUGCUGCAACCCUCACCACCUUAGUAGACUCUGCGAACUAGAGUCUCCCCCUCCUCCCUACUCCAGAUACCCAAUGGAUUUUCUCAAACCAACUGCAGAGUGUCCAGAUGCUGUGCCUUCCUCCACUGAAACAGGGGGAACUAAUUAUCUGGCCCCUGGGGGGCUUUCAGAUUCCCAACUUCUUCAGGAGCCUGGGGAUCAGUCACACUGGUGCGUGGUAGCAUAUUGGGAGGAGAAAACAAGAGUGGGUCGGCUCUACUCUGUCCAAGAGCCCUCCUUGGACAUCUUCUACGAUCUACCUCAGGGGAAUGGCUUUUGCCUCGGACAGCUCAAUUCGGACAACAAGAGUCAGCUGGUACAGAAAGUCCGCAGCAAAAUUGGCUGUGGCAUCCAGUUGACUAGAGAAGUAGACGGCGUGUGGGUGUAUAACCGUAGUAGUUACCCCAUCUUUAUCAAGUCGGCCACACUGGAUAACCCCGACUCCAGGACGUUGUUGGUGCACAAGGUGUUCCCGGGUUUUUCCAUCAAGGCUUUUGACUAUGAGAAAGCAUACAGUUUGCAGCGGCCCAACGACCAUGAGUUCAUGCAGCAGCCAUGGACGGGCUUCACCGUGCAGAUCAGCUUCGUGAAAGGCUGGGGCCAGUGUUACACAAGGCAGUUUAUCAGCAGCUGUCCGUGCUGGUUGGAGGUCAUAUUCAACAACCGAUAACGCAACAGGAACCGGAGGGGACUAGAUGACGUUUAAAACUACUUUGCUGCUAAUAUUUUCCUUCUGAGUGCUUGCUUUUCAUGUAAACUCUUUGGUUGUUUUAUUUUUUAA